CCUUAUUGAUAAAAUGUACGAUAACCCCUCCUCCAGUUCACUUCAUUUUUGUUUGCCCUCUGACCUCCUUCCUAAUACAUAAUUGUUAAUCUGAUAAACAGGCCUGUCGUUCAAUUGAUUUCUUGUGUGCACAUUCCCUGAAGAAUUACCAAGACUGCUGACGGUCCGACCAAACACGAUAUGCAUAACACAUUUUACAUUAUCAAUGUCGUAACCUCCUGCCAUCUGUUGGCUUCCAACAGGCUCUGCCUGUGUCGUCCCCGUGGCGGCCGCGGGGCGUCGCUGUACGCACAAAGACGACGGCACCAGGUAGCUGCUCUGGAAUUUCCACGUGACCAACGAGACCGGUUUAUGCAAAUGAGCUGCGAGGACACGGGGGCUCCUACUAGGGGAGACUCGGCAGCAGCAGGCACACCGCGCACAGAGGCUCGGCAGCAGCACGCACACGGCAGAACGUUCCGCCCUGGAUAUUGUGGGACAACAAGCCGCUCGGAUGUGCAACAUGACUUUUGAGGAAAGCGGCGGAGAUAAUUCUUCAGAAAGGAUGGACUCGGUGGCUGAAGCGUUAGAGCAGGUCCUGAGCUCUGCAUUGCCUCAGGGUUGCAUCACUGCCGGGGUCUACGAGGCUGCGAAGUCCCUGAACGCGGACUCAGACAAUGUGGUGCUGUGUCUGCUGGCCACGGAUGACGAGGAGGACGUGGCCCUCCAAAUCCAUUUCACCUUAAUCCAGGCGUUCUGCUGCGAGAAUGACAUCAACAUCCUGCGCGUGAGCAACAUGAGGCGUCUGGCAGAAAUCCUUGGCGGAGUGAAACCUGGAGGGGAGCCCAUGGACCUGCACUGUGUGCUAGUUACUAAUCCCCAGUCGUCGCUGUGGAAGGACCCCGCACUGAGCAAAGUGAACAGAUUCUGCAGAGACAGUCGCUGUUUGGACCAAUGGGUGCCCGUCAUCAACCUGCCCGACCGAUGAAACCGCUUGGAAUAUUCAUAUACUGUGUGCAUUUUUGGAGGAAGAAAAAAGUAACUUCACAAGGCCUGUGUUAAUGUCUGUGUGGACUCCUUUGGCAAGCGCCCAGGGACAGGAACGGGAGGGGCGGGCGAGAGAGCACGAGGAAGAGCAACGCUCCAACAAAUUUUACCAGGUCAGGGUGAACCCGCCGGCCAAGGAAGAGUGACUCAGCAGUCUUGGUUCCAGGAUUUCCAAUGAAUGACCGCGCCUCUCUCUGCUGAGACAGAAAGCCUUUACGGGAAACUGUAUCAUGUGAGAGGACAAGCACAUGUGGUGGUGAGCACAAGCACUGGACUGGGAGGGUAAAAAAAAAAGGGGACAAGACUCCCAAGAGCUUGUCCACGUUGGAGAGGACCAGUCAGAGCUCUCAGCCUGAAAAAUUCCUCAACAGAAGUUGACCAAAUUCCAAGCAUUUCUGUAACAGCACAUUUAUUUAAAAGUAUUUAAGACUUGUCACUUUGAUAUCUCAAAAGGGAAAGUUUUCACAGUCUAUUGUUAUUAUUAUUAUCUGAAGGGCAUUGCAAUGUUUAGAUUUGUCCACUAACUGGUGUUUUUAUGUGUUAUUAAUUUAAUGAGUUCUAUUUAUUGUGCAUAAUUUCAUGGAAUUUUGUUAAGUUGACCUAAAUAAACAAACGACUAAAACAAACAAG